CCACCAGGCUAGGGCACCUUCACACGCAGCCCUACAGCUUCACUCACACUUACUCACACCCACAGGUACAGACACCAGCCCCAACCCACUGAGGCUCUAGCACCGACCUGCAUCAAGACACUCGGCCCCUCACUUACACCCAUUUCCCAGUCUUUCUUUGCUGGCCAAGGCACCCCAUCCAGCUGCUCCCACCAUGGCAGACACCUGUUUUUCCGGGCCUUGUGUUCCCACGGCCUCGGCCGUCUCGGUCUGCUCCAGUGACGUGAGCUGCGGCAGCAACAGAAUCUGCUUGCCCAGUUCUUGCACCGGCUCUUCCUGGCAUUUGGACGACUGCCCAGAGAGCUGUUGUGAACCUAGCUGCUGCGGCCCCAGCUGCUGCGCCCCCCCUUCCUGCCCAGCCCUGUGCUGCACACCGGCCUCCUGCCUGACCCUUGUGUGCCGGCCGGUCUGCUGCGUGCCCCCUACCUGCCAGGCGGCGUGUGAACCCGGCCCCUGUCAGGCUGUCUGCACCUCCUGCUGCUCGCCGUCCUGCUGCCAGCAGUCUUCCUGCCAGCCCACUGGCUGUACAGACACCAGCCCCAGCCUGCCGGUCUGCUGCGUACCCCCCGGGCCGGCGUGUGGCCCAGCCCCUGCCAGGCUUCUGCACCUCCUGCGCUGCCCUUUCCUGCUGCCGGUUUGCUGCCAGCCCACUGGCUGCGGGUCUUCCCUGUGGCCAGCAGUCCUGCUGCCCAGACCCCCCUGCACUGCCUCUCCCUGCACGGUGCAGUCCUGCUGCUGCGUCCCCAUGUGCUGCAAGCCCAGCUGCUGCAUCGCCCUGCCCGUGUGCUGCAAGCCCAGCUGCUGUGGGACCACAGCCUGUUGGCCUCCACCUCCUGCUGCUCCAGCCAGCUGCUGCCGCCCGGCCCUCCUGCCGUGUCCCUCCGUCUGCCGGCCCGUGUGCAGCCAGCCUCCCUGUUGUUGUUUGCCCCUCCCCCCCCACGUCCUCCUCCCUGCCACCCCUCCUGUCCAGCCCCCCACCUGCUGCCCCCCCUCCCUGCUGGGAAAGCUGGAGCCUCAUGCUGGCACAAGGCAGCUUGAGGAGCCCACGAGGCCCCAAGAAAAAGUGCGCAGCCUGACUGGCACCUUCCCUUGCUUGGAAUGGCCGCUUCUGCUCUUUGGGCUCGACCUUGAAGUGGCACCUGCUGAUCCAAGUCUGCCUGGCAUGAGCUCCCUCUCCAUCACAUCCCCCAUGCCCGACGGAUCCCAUGAGGACAUCUUGGAAGAGGGCCUGAAAAUCGGGACUGUUGGCAUGGCGGUGGCCGCCAGGAUUCAGGGCACAGACACCAGCCCCAACCCGUCUUUGCUGCCCAAGGCACCCCAUCCAGCUGCUCCCACCAUGGCAGACACCUGUUUUUCUGGGCCUUGUGUUCCCACGGCCUCGGCCGUCUCGGUCUGUUCCAGUGACGUGAGCCGCAGCAGCAACAGAGUCUGCUUGCCCAGUUCUUGCACCGGCUCUUCUUGGCAGCUGGACGACUGCCCAGAGAGCUGUUGUGAACCCAGCUGCUGCGGCCCCAGCUGCUGCGCCCCCCCUUGCUGCCCAGCCCCGUGCUGCACGCCGGCCUCCUGCCUGACCCUCGUGUGCCGGCCGGUCUGCUGCGUGCCUGCCACCUGCCAGGCGUCGUGUGAACCCAGCCCCUGCCGGGCUGUCUGCACCUCCUGCUGCUCGCCCUCCUGCUGCCAGCAGUCUUGCUGCCCAGCCCCUUGCUGCACUGCCUCUCCCUGCACGGUGCAGUCUUGCUGCUGUGUCCCCAUGUGCUGCAAGCCCAGCUGCUGCAUCGCCCUGCCCAUGUGCUGCAAGCCCAGGUGCUGUGUGACCACAGCCUGUUGCCCCACCUCAUGCUCCUGCCAGCCCAGCUGCUGCCACCCGGCCUCCUGCUGUGUGCCUGUCUCCUGCAAAUCCAUUUGCUGUACUUCCUGCUCAUCCUCCUCAUCUUCCUCUUCUUCCUCAUCUUCUUCCUCCUCUUCUUCCUCCUCUUGCUGCCUCUGCAGUCCACCCUCCUGCUGUCCAGCUUCCUGCUGCUGCCAGCCCAGCUGCUGCCGCCCAGCCUUCUGCGUGUCCCUCGUCUGCCAGCCCGUGUGCAGCCCGGCCUCCUGCUGUGUGCCUGUCUCCUGCAAACCCUCUUGCUGCGCCCCCACGUCCUCCUGCUCUUGCUGCUGCGCACCCUCCUGCUGUCCAGCCCCCACCUGCUGCCGCCCCGCCUCCUGCGUGUCCCUCGUCUGCCGGCCCACCUGCUGCAAGCCCGCCUGCUGCGCUCCCGGCUGCGGCCAGAAAUCUUGCUGCUGACCACAGGCUGCUGCUCUCUGUCCCCCUGGCUGACGCCCUGUCUCUCGGGCUUGACUUCAAUGGGCCUCCUGGAUCCAUCUUCAAUCAUCAGUCUCUCAACUGACCAGCUAUCCCAGCCCUUUCUUGUGAAGAUGACAAGGUCCCAUGCUCACCUCAGCUAUUUGAGCCCAUGGCUGCCCCCAGCCUCAGUACCUGCUUUGGUGUGAACCCAGCCCCCUGGUGCAGCUUCUGUCAGGCUCUCUCUCAGCUCAUGCCUGUAACCAGGCCCACUGCUUGCAGCCCCUGGCAGGUUCUCUCUAUGGUCAAUAUUUGCAGGGAUGGCCCUGACCAUUCCCACCUGGUAAUAAACGCCAU